AUGACAAUCGGUGAGUGUCUGAUGUACGGGUUGGACUUCGAGGCUCAAUCGCUUGUCCCGGUGGUGGCCGACGAGGAAAAUGUUCGCUUUUUGGUUGGAACGCGCAACAUCAAGAUGGACAAUCAGAUCAGCCUAUUGACAGUGAAAAGUGAUGAUGGAGUGAUCAGUGCCCAGUCCUACACACAUCCAAUCGGUGAGAUCUCCGCGUUAGCCGCCAGCCCGAAAGAUGCUCACAUUUUUGCCACAGCUUCAUCAGACAACCGUAUCCACCCCGCAAAGCACAGCCUCAACAUAUAUCGUUUCGAUCACGACCACCAAUCACUCGACGAGCUCUCCACAUGCUCUUUCGAGACACCAAUUCAAGGAUUAGAAUGGAGCGCGCAAAGCGACGAGCUCGCCUGUUUCUCGGCCAACACACUCUACACCCUUUCGGCAGUCGAUCGAUCAAUUACCAAAAACUCGACACUUCAACAAAACGGUCGAAUCCGUUCGUUGCGCUUCGAUCCGCACUCGAAUGGUCGAACAAUUGGACUUUGUGUGGAAAAGGAUGUGCUCGGCGUGGAGACACGAUCAAAAACAACGACUUUUCAUCUCCCCGAAACGCACAUGUUCCGCGCGCUCACCCUCGAUUUCAAUCCAAAUUUGCCGAAUUGUCUAGCAACAGGCGGUGACGACGGAGUGAUCCGCAUUUGGGACACCCGACAGCCGAAAACGCCGAUCCACUGUGUGAAAGCGCACUCGCAUUGGAUCACGAUGCUCCGAUAUCACCCGGAUCACGAUCAACUUCUCCUUUCUGGUUCUUCAGACUCUUGUGUGAUCCUCACAUGUGCCCAGAGUGUCUCUUCAGAAGUGAAACUAACAAAAACAGAGGAUGAAGAUGAAGUGACAGAGCAAUUGCCGGAUGGGGAACUCGAUCGAAUCAUCGAACACGAGGACACCGUUUGCGCCGUGCAAUGGUCGACUGCGGAACCGUGGACCUACGCCUCGCUGAGUUUCGAUGGAAGAGUGGUGGUGAGCCGAGUGAGUCGGCAACACAAAUACACCCUCAUGCAACUA